CACAACCUACCAGACCUGUUCCUACAAUGGGGGAAUCUUACAUUAUCGCUAUAGACUUUGGAACAGCAUACAGUGGAUAUGCUUUUAGUUUGACAUCCAGAGAAGAAGAAGCUGAUCCCCAUGUGAAAUACUGGGGUGAAGAAGUUGGACUGGAAACCCCAAAGACGCCUACCUGCAUCCUGUUUGAUGAACAUCAACAGUUUGUCAGCUUUGGAUAUAAAGCCAGUGAAACAUAUUUAAAAAGAGCAGGCAAAGAUUCCAGGGCGAAGUUCUUCUUUGAUUGCUUCAAGAUGUCGCUCUAUGACAGAAAAAUCACCACAGACCUGACAAUUAAAGCAGCCAAUGGGAAGGAAAUGAAGGCGCUGAUCGUUUUUUCAGAAACUCUGAGAUUUCUGAAGGAAGAUGCUCUGAAAACCAUUGAACAAAACACUGAUGGAAGGAAAUUCAAAGCCUCUGACUUCACCUGGGUGCUGACUGUUCCUGCAAUCUGGGAUCAUUCAGCCAAACAGUUCAUGAGAGAAGCUGCAACUAAGGCAGGCAUUGUGUCUGAUGGAACUGAAAACAAUUUGGUGUUUGCUCUGGAACCAGAGGCAGCUUCAGUCCAUUGUAAAAAACUACCACCUGAGGGUUUCAUAGCAGAAAAACAGGGAAGAAACAAACUUGACCAAUCUCCAGGAACUCGCUACAUUGUUGUUGAUUGUGGAGGAGGAACCAUUGACAUCACCGUGCAUGAGAUUCUUGAAGGAGGCGUUCUGAAGGAGCUGCACAAGGCUUCUGGGAGCAAUCUUGGAGGACAAACUGUGGACAGAAAAUUUAAAGAGUUCCUCCGGGACACAUUCACUGCUGAAGUCUGGGAUAAAUAUGAAGAAAACUACCCCAGCGAGGUUAGAAGAAUUAUGUGUGACUUCACACUUUUUAAAAGAAACGAUGAAGAUAUGGAAAUCAUCUGUCCACUGAAUCUGGGAAUGCUGGCUCAGAAAAAACAAAAUAUGGAGGAAUUCUUUAAUCGAGUGCAAGGAGCAUCUUGGGAUGAGGGGGUAAUUAAAGUAUCGAAGCAGAAACUGAGAUCCUUCUUUGAAGAGAGUCUAUGCAGCGUCACUCUGCAUCUCAGAGAAAUCUGGAAGAAAAGACUCAACAUUGAUUACAUUCUGUUAGUGGGAGGUUUUGCUGAAAGUCAGAUUCUACAGAAACGCAUUACUGAUGAGUUUAUUGAUGACUGCAAAGUUCUGUGUCCAUUUAGGCCCCAAGAAGCCAUUGUAAAGGGUGCUGUAGAGUUUGGAAAAAAGAAAGGUGUAGUGGCAUCUAGAAAAAGUGCUUAUACCUAUGGUGUAGGUGUCUUAGAACGUUUUAAUGAGUCAAAGCACAGGGCAGACAAGAAAUACACAAACCGAGAGGGUGACUGGUGUGACGAUAUCUUUAGCAAACUGGUUGAAAUUGAUGAGGAUGAAAAAACUCCCAUGUAUGUGGAUGAGCCAAAAGUGGAAAAACUCAAAUCAAUUAUUGUUCAGUCACCUGACACUCCACUAGGAAUGGACCGUGAGAUCCAACUAGAAAUAAGGUUUGGCUUCACAGAAAUGACAGCAACGGCCACUGACAGGGAGUCAGGCUCAGUAUACACAGUGAAACUAAACUUCGUAACAAAAUAA